ACUUCUGGAAGUGACGAGGUUCAAGGAUAGUUGUGGGUGCAUGGGGCACAUCCCCAGAGGAGCGAGGAGCCGGCGCGGCGCGCUUGUGGCGCAACGCAGGGUCGGCGCCCGCACCGCUCCCUCGCUACAAAUAACAGAAAUUUCGGCGCCGCGGCACAGUUACCAACAGACACCCAAUCGAUGCAAACUUCGCAAAUAAACUCUGCAUCAGAAUAGAUCACAGUCUCACGCGUGCGAAGAUGAAGGUGUUUCUGCCUUUAACGUUCUGUCUGGCUAUGGCACAAGGGCGAGUUACGCCCGACUACUUUCCACAAUGCAAGAAGAGUGACCCAGAAAUAAACAAUUGCAUCAUGCAGGCCAUCGAGUUGAUGCGGCCGCGCCUGCGCGAGGGCAUUCCUGAGGUGCACAUCCCGGCGCUGGAGCCGUUCGCGGUGCCCACGCUGAAGCUGGACCGCACGCAGCCCAACCUGCGGCUAAAGGCUGUCGUCAAGAACAUCCGCGCCGUCGGCGGCUCCAACUUCGUCCUUGAGAAGUUUAAGUUGAACCUGAACAACAAGUACGCGGCGGAGGUGCGGCUGUCGCUGCCGCAGCUGACCGUGUCGGCGGACUACGACGUGCGCGGCUCGCGGCUGCUCGUGCUGGAGAUCGACGGCAAGGGCAAGCUGCGCGGCAACUUCAGUGGAAUAUCUGUGAUCGCUAAGGGUGCGGCUAAGGUGGUGGAGAAGGAAGGCGUCCACUACCUGCAGGCCGACAAGAUCGUCACUCGCGUCAAGGUUGGACACGGGCAGGUGGCCUUCGACGACACGGAGCGGCCUUUGGCAGCGGCUUCGGCGGCAAACUUCUUCAAUGCCAGCCCAGGCGUGGUGCUGGACGUCCUCAGCCCACUGGUGGACGAGACGGCGGCAGCGGUUCUGAAGGCCUUCCUCAACAAGGUGCUGGCCAAGAUCCCCCUGCACGAGUUUCUGCUAGAGGACGACCAUGCGCCGACCUCUUAGUUCACUUCCUUCCUACAUUAAUUUAACCAUUACCUACCAACAUUUACAAAUUACCACAUAAGUUAUUUGUAGGAAUAUUUUAGUUAUGAAAUUUUCUUUGUCCUCUUUUUAUUAUGGACACCAAAGAGUUCUUGUGUACCUGCUAUUGUAGGAUAAGAUUAUAAAU